AUGGCUUUGACCCUUAGUGACCUCUGGGGUCGUCUAUCUUUUCAGAACACGGCAUAUGGUACCCUUCUCGCGGCACUAAAAAGACAGCUUCUCACAUACUACAUCGGCCACGCUGUUUACGCCCUGUACAUCCACCCGCUAAGCCGCUACCCCGGACCCAAAUUUGCGGCCAUCUCCUUCAUCCCACAAAUCGUCUACGAGAUCCGCGGCCAGCAACACUCAUGGGUCAAGACACUCCACGAUCAGUAUGGUGAGGUCGUCCGCAUCGGCCCGAAUGCUCUCGUUUACCGCGCACCUCAGGCUUGGAAAGACAUCUAUGGCCACAAGAAAGGAGGUCAGAAAACAUUCGUUAAGGAUCCACAACUCUACACCGCGGCUCCAAACCACGUGGAGGGUAUACUCACAGUAAACGGAGCAGAUCACUCCCGCAUGCGAAGACUCAUGGCGCAUGCAUUCUCGGACAGGGCGUUACGGGAGCAGGAGACUUUGUUGCACACCUAUGCGGAUCUACUUGUGCAGAAAAUACAUAAGCAGCUUGUCGAGUGCAAAACGACGAAGGUUAUCGAUCUCGUUCGCUGGUACAAUUACACAACUUUCGAUUUGAUUGGCGAUUUAUCUUUUGGUGAACCAUUCAAUUGUCUCCGUGACGACCAGUAUCACUGGUGGGUAUCGUUGAUGUUGGAUGCCGUCAAAGUGAGCGGAUACCUCAAGAUCCCUUAUUUCUACCCGUUCCUCAAGCCACUGGGCAAACUCCUGAUACCGAAACGCCUUAUCGAGAGACGAGAUGCCGUCUUCCAGCAGGCCGUGGAGAGGGUUAGCCGACGACUGCAGCGCCAAAUGGAGCGGCCAGAUUUCACAUCCUAUAUUCUCAAACACAAGGACGACGAGCUUGCGAUGUCCAGGGGCGAACUCGACGCGAAUGCGGGUACUUUCGUCCUGGCGGGGAGCGAAACGACUGCUGCUACAUUGUCGGGGACUACGUACUAUCUGCUACGGCAUCCGGCCGUGUAUCGUCGAUUGGUGGGUGAGGUUCGGGGCGCUUUCAAAGAUGCCUUGGAUAUUCAGCUCUCGUCGAUCGCUUCACUUCCAUACCUCAAUGCAGUCCUUGAUGAGUCUAUGAGGAUCUACCCACCUGUCCCGGCUAUGCUACCCCGUCUUGUCCCUAAAGGUGGAGCGAUGAUUAACAAUCAAUAUGUGCCUGAGGGUACAUCAGUCUCUAUAGCCAUGUAUUCAACUGUCCGCUCCGCCACCAACUUCGCAGAACCCGACUCCUUCAUCCCCGAGCGCUGGCUCUUACCAGCCGACGGCGGCAUUACAUUCGAAAAGGACAACAAAUUCGCUUUGCAACCUUUCGCCUACGGUCCGCGAGUUUGUCUCGGGCAGCAUCUUGCAUUUGCAGAGAUGCGUCUGAUUUUGGUUAAGACGUUGUGGCAUUUCGAUCUGGAGUUAACUCCCGAAGGGCUUGAUUGGGUGGAGCAGAAGUCGUAUAAUUUGUGGGAUAGGCCGCCGUUGAGGGUGAAGGUGUCGCUUGCGCCUAAUGCUGUUUAG